UAAAAUACACAUCAUCUUCCAGAAUUGAUGGCUGAAGUGAACAUCUCCUAUGUCACUGAGUUCAUCCUCAAGGGGAUCACAGACCGGCCAGAACUCCAGGCCCCAUGUUUUGUGAUGUUUCUGACAAUCUAUCUGGUCACAGUCCUAGGCAACGUUGGGUUGAUUAUUAUUAUCAGGGUUGAUUCUCGACUCCACACACCUAUGUACUUCUUCCUCAGUCACCUGGCCUUUGUUGACCUCUGUUACUCGUCGGCCAUCACACCAAAGAUGAUGGUGAACUUUGUGGUGGAGCACAACACUAUCCCUUUCCAUGCUUGUGCUACACAGCUGGGCUGCUUUCUUACCUUCAUGAUCACAGAGUGUUUCCUUCUAGCCUCUAUGGCUUAUGAUCGCUACGUGGCCAUCUGCAGCCCCCUGCAUUAUUCAACAGUGAUGUCGAAGAGAGUGUGCAUUCAGUUAGUGGCAGUUCCUUAUGUGUACAGCUUUCUAGUUGCCCUUUUCCAUACAAUCAUCACCUUUCGCUUAACAUACUGUGGGCCUAAUGUAAUCAAUCACUUCUACUGUGACGAUCUUCCCCUCUUAGCCCUGUCCUGCUCAGACACACACAUGAAGGAAAUUCUCAUCUUUGCUUUCGCUGGCUUUGAUAUGAUCUGCUCCUCUUCCAUAGUCCUUACCUCCUAUCUCUUUAUCAUUGCUGCCAUCCUGAGAAUCCGCUCUACCCAGGGGCGACGCAAGGCCAUCUCCACCUGCGGCUCCCACAUGGUGGCUGUUACUAUUUUCUAUGGCACGCUCAUCUUCAUGUAUCUACAGCCCAAAUCAAACCACUCUCUGGACACAGACAAAAUGGCUUCAGUGUUUUACACAGUGGUGAUCCCCAUGUUGAAUCCCCUUAUCUACAGUCUAAGGAACAAAGAGGUAAAAGAAGCCUCUAAGAAAGCUUUAGAUAAAGGGUAUGAAACCUUAAAAAUAUUAAAGUUAAGAAAAUAAGGACAGCAUGUUUUAUUAUGUAUGUGCAGGAAAAUAAAUCAAACUUUCAAUUGUAUUUCUUUUCCAAGCAGUUGAAAAUACCUUUCUUACUUGAACAGACUUAGACAUUUUUUGUGAUGUUCCAAGCAGAUCAUGGGAUAUCAGUAUGAUAGAU